CCGCCAUUUUCGCAGCAUGCGCAAACAUCGAGAACGAUACGCAGCAGCAAAUACACAUACUCCGAAGUAUCGUCGAGAUGUCGAGAUGUGCGCGACGUUGAUGAAGACAUUGGGGAGCGUCAACAAGGACGGUUCGUUUAACGAUGCAGCGACGAUCAGGACGGUAGUAGAACUCUGGGAUCACCGUAUCGAUUCGGCCGGAAUAUAAUGCGACAGGAAGAUGGAAUUUGGUAUUUGACAAUCCGUAAGAAUGCCGUAAAAUCUUACAACGCGAUCUCUCGCCAUUUAACGAUAAUAAAGCCGAUAUAUACGAAGUUAUCUGUCUGCAAUCGCAGUGCGAACAAUUAUUGAUAAGUCCAUCGGUUAUGAUUGGAGCGGAUUGACGUCGGCGACCACUUCCUCGACACGUGCGUAAAUUGCUACAUACAUAUAUAUAUAUAUAUAUUCAAGAAAGAAUGACAAGAGCAUCUACGACAAGCAUAUGAUACGUGCAGCUGUCGCAGGUGACAGUGGCGGGGGAUUACAUUGAGAGCACACGUGUCUAUUGACAGAGCUCUUACUAAAAAGAUAGUCGACUUUGUGAUACCCACGUCUUGCACAAAAUCUAAAUUACGUACGUAGACCUAUCUCGAUAGUCCAAUAAUAUAUAACACCAAUUUCGCGAAAUAACGAAAGGAGCAAACAGCCUCAUUUUAUGCAUGAUCAUUAAGCUAACAAGAACUUUUGCCAAUCUUAAUUAACACUUGUGUCUUAAUGCAGGUGUAAACUCUGUAAAUAUGUGCCACAUCUGUAAAGAGUUUUUCUAAGAUUAUUCGGUGCCACUAAUUCUAACAGUUAAACAGCUUACACAAUUAACAACAAAGCUUUCUAUAAUAAGAUGCAUGAAAAUAAUGGUACAAAUGAUAUGCGAGAGCUCAAUGCGACAGACGUUACCGAUUCUAUUUUGUACACUAUACUGAUGAACGACCUCGGGACAGUCUCGACGAGCAUGGCGAGUACGAACUACAACGAGAGCACGUCCACGACGACGUAUGUAGAAUUGUCGCAGGAGAACGAAAGUAACCAACGAUUAUGGAAUCUGUCUAAAACAGCCGUAACUUCACUGUCUGCACCCACAGCGAUACCAUUUAAUACUUCGAAAACUACUGCAAUAUAUACAUCAACAACUGAAUCCUACGACGAAUUUGGUCCACCGGAAGGAGUAGAAUAUAUUUUCGUACCACUCGGUGUGGUCGUCUCUGUUAUUAUACUCUCAGCUGUGGUAUGGGUGCUAAUUAUAUCGAGGAAGCGCAAGUUGGAGCGUUUGAGACAUAGACUAAUGCCUAUGUACAACUUUGACCCUGGAGAAGAGGAGGAGGACGACUGGGAGACUGAACUGUUGGACGAAUGCUACAGUACACAUCAGAGACGACAAGGAUACCAAUCCAUGGAUACCGAAGAGAAUGCAGAACUGUUCAGUGGUCAUUAAUAGCACAUUUUUUGCAUGACAUUUAAAUCAUUUUUAUGCUCUGUGACUAUCAUAAGCUAAAUAUCUAUUAUUUAUUACAAUUCUAUAUAUGAACCACACACAAAGUUCUUAAGCGUUAAUGAAAUUAAUAACUUCAAAUUAAGAGCAAUAUUUUUUCUUAUACAAAAAGUUCUUCAAAAGAAUUGAAGUUUAUUAAAAAAAAAUAGUAUAUUAGAAA